CAAUAACUUCACUAUUAAAAUGAACUAUUAAAAGGUGAAUUAUCAUCCAUCAAUCCUCUGGGAGGAUCUCUGCUUUGAUUGACUAUUUAUUAUUAAUUAAAAAGCAGACUUUUGGGCUGAUGCUCAAAAUAGUGAACUUUUAUAUUAUACACACACACACGCGCACACACACACACAAAACGACGUCUAAUGGUCAUAUUUAACACAAGUGUUGGAUGAAGUGAACAUGUAGGUGACAACGUGCAUUAAUUUGAGUAUUAUUUAGAAUAGAAUACACUUACAGAUUAAUUCUGUUUGGUCAGGACUCAGUAAUGUCUGAUUUUAUCAGAAAUACUUGUUAAAUGUUUGAAAUUACACAUUUAAACCUUCCCUACAUGUUAAUAUGUUGACUUGAAGAAUGAAGUCAAAUACAGCUCGUUGUACUGUGCAAUGUGAUUAACUUUGAGUGUUUAUGUCAGCAGUUUUUAUUUUCUCCUCAUUCAUUAUUCUGAUGUCUUUAGAUCUACACAUUUGCCACGUUAGGUUAAUUUUAAAAGCUUCAGCUGAGUAAUCACAUAUUGUAUCACCUACAUGGUAUAACUAUUGUAGGGAUUUAUUGCAUCAAUGAAUCAGAUUUCUCUGUUUCUUCUCCUGAAGCUCUGCCGCCAUCAGUGAAAGACAAAGACAGAGUUUAUUGAAGGACAGUGAGAAGAUGAGUGAUCCAGAACCCUGCAGAAUUAAACAGGAAGAGACUGAAGAACUAAUAGAUGUCAUAUUGAAGGUGAGUGAAGAUGAGGAGGAACAUCAGGUCAAAGGUGAAGGAAUAACUUACGCUAACACCGAGCAUGGUGUUUUAACGGAAGGAACAGCUGGAAAGUCUUUCACAUGCCCUGAGUGUGGAAAGAGUUUCAGACGGCCGUCAGGUUUAUCACAACACAAGAAGAUCCACGCUGGUGUGAGAGAGCAUGUGUGCUCUGAGUGUGAGAAAUCUUUUACUAAAGCUGGAGACUUGAAACGACACCGAAGGAUCCACACUGGAGAGAAACCGUACAAGUGUUCACACUGCGACAAGACGUUCAGCCUCUUACAACCACUGAAAGUACAUGAGAAGAUUCACACUGGAGAGAAACCGUACACAUGUACUCAGUGCGGGAAGAGUUUCAGACAAUCGUCAUCUCUUUAUAAACACACGAAGAUCCACACUGGAGAGAAACCACACCAAUGUGAUCAGUGCAGCAAAGCAUUUUCAAGGCCUGCAGAUCUGAACGUCCAUCUUAGAGUUCAUACAAAGGAGAAGCCGUAUUCGUGCUCUGAGUGUGGAAAGAGUUUUACACGGCAGUCAAAUUUAACAGUACAUCAGAAGAUCCACACUGGAGUGCGAGAACUUGUGUGCUUUGAGUGUGGGAAGACUUUUAUUAGAGCUGGAGACUUGAAACAGCACCAGAUGAAUCACACCGGAGAGAAGCCGCACGUCUGUUCACACUGCAACAAGAGAUUCGGCCAUUUAGGAGGCCUGAAAACACACCAGAGGAUUCACACUGGAGAGAAACCGUUCACAUGUAUUCAGUGUGGGAAGAGUUUCACACAAUUAGCACAUCUUAAUGAACACGUGCUGAUCCACACUGCAGAGAAAACGCACAAGUGUGAUCAAUGCGGGAAGACGUUUUUGAGGCCUUACGAGUUGAAGAGACAUCUUAGAGUUCAUACAAAGGAGACGCCUUUGUUAGUAAAGAGUUUCACACAUCAACACAAUUCACCUUGCUAAACACUCUCCUCUGUAUUCUCCAAAUCAGAUUUCACAGUUAAACAUGUUUAUGUUAACGAAUUCCAAUCGUUUGGUAAUGGGACAACAUGUGCGCACUCGAUCACAAUUAGCACAAUCCCCACCUGUGAACGUACAUAUCCAGCAGUGCAGUGGAAUAUCCAGUGGUUUGACUCCAGGGUGUUUGGGAAAUGCCAAAAAAACACUUUAUGUCUAAAAAUGACGGUGGCUCAGUGGUUAGCACUGUCACCUAACAGCAAGAAGGUCACUGGUUUGAGUCCUGGCUUGGCCAGUUGGCAUUUCUGUGUGGAGUUUGCAAGUUCUCCCCAUGUUAGCGUGGGUUUCCUUCGGGUGCUCCGGUUUCCCUCACAGUCCAAACACAUGUGCUAUAGCGGAAUUGAUGAACUAAAUUAGCCAUAGUGUAUGAGUGUGUGUGAAAAUGAGUGCGUAUGGGUGUUUCCCAGUACUGGGUUGCAGCUGGAAGGGCAUCCGCUGUAAAACAUAUGCUGGAAUAGUUGGCGGUUCAUUCUGCUGUGGCAACCCUGAUAAAUAAAGGGACUAAGCUGAAGGAGAAUGAAGAAAUGAAUGUAUAUUGUGAUGCACUUUACAUACAUUUGCUAAAUUAUACUCUUUUAUUUUUUUAUUCCUUUAUGAUCUGUGUUUUCCUCCAAUGUGUGAAUAAACCUGGCAAUAAAACUGAUUCUGAUUCA